AAUCAUGGUUUCCGCAGCAUUCAUCCUGUGGGGUGUAACUGAAGGAUCCACAGAAGAGGCUGUUACUUGUCCUGCCAUCAGUCUGCUGUAUAUCCUGCUGUUGUUUCUUUUGGCUCCAUAUCGGAAGUUAUUUCCAGUUUCAUGGCAGGAUAUUAUAAUCCUCACUCUAAGAGCUGCAUUUCCCAUCAUUAUGUUUGGUGUUAUAACAGGUUCUUUCAUCGAGUUCAUGGCUAAACAUUCCCCAUCUCCAACUGAGAAAGCAACAUUUGGAGGAGUGUUUGGUGGAAUCAUAUUUAUGUUCAUCUUUUUUGUUAUAUUCCGAAUCGUCGACAUUGUGGUUUGGACAAAAUAUUCUAAAGACAGAGAAAAAACAGUGAAAAUACGUACCAUCGUAGCAAGAAUAACUGGAGUUACAUUCCUGGUCAUCUUGGCUUCAUCCAUAAUUGCUGUCAGUGUUUAUCUGGCAAAAUACUCAGAUCUAGCCUGGCAAGAACUACUUGCAACAUUUUCCACUUUAUUAAUGUUUCCAGUCAUCAUGGUUUCAUUCCCAGUUUGUCUCGGUGUGUUUCGGAUAAUACACUUAAGAUGGAUGGGAGGAACAGUACAACUUAGAGACAUUCUUGUAAUCAUGGUUUAUUUCCUGUAUAAUCCCACACUGUUUAACAUGCUGUUCCUUGCUGUUUAUUCCCAACUCUUUGCCUGGAUGAACAGCACAUUUAAACUAGAAUAUUCAAUUCCGAUUGCAGUGGCUGUUUUGGGAAUCUGUGCCUGCAUCAUUAUCAAGGAUUAUUUAUUGUAUCAGGAAAAAAAGCGCUUGGAGGGAUUUUACUAUUUAGCUCAGAAAAUCCUUCUAGGGAUUUUCUUCAUGCUUCACCUAAUAUUAAGUUUCCUGUUUCUAAGUGUGAUUCUAGAAAAUGACAAAGGACGACCUGUAAAGAUCUGCGAGUUUGUGUUCAUCUACAUUCUGACUGUCACAUUGCUGUUUCGAUUCUGGGAGCGGGAACGUUUCCUUGCCAAACCCCGUAAAUAUGUAUAUUUCUCAGGGGCUUUUGGUCUCCCUCUCCUGAAUUCUGUUGCCCUGGCUGUAGCAUUAAAACUCAAAGCAGACACAGGAAAACAGCCACUGGAUCUACGGCUGAUUGUCCUGAUUUCUGGGUCUGUCUUCCUCUUUGGCUGGUUUGUUAUAGAGAUGUCUGCAUACUGUUUGGCCAAAAAAGAAAAAAUAAAAGAAGGAAUGGGCUUGGUUAGGAGAUACCAAGAUACCAAGCUGGAUCAGAGAUCAUGUGACAAUCAGGAGAUGAAUGCCUUGUCACCCCCUGAUCCCGAUAGACCAAAUGCAGAGCAGAGAUCACAUGACAGUCACAAGAUAGACGGCUGUUCACCUGUUCAUUCCAAUGGAUCGAAUACAGAGCAGUUAAUGAAAUAUUAUCUUUCUGGUUCUUAA